CCUCCUCCUCCUCCUCCUCCUCCACGGUCAGUAGAAAGAGAGGGGAUUUUUCACUGACCGUGGACUUUCACUCUCUGACACACUUACUGACAGAGUCACUCAGAUUUUAGUAUCGGACACUAUCAGGAUGUCUUUCUCCACAGUGAUUUUGGUUUUAUCUUUGGUGACUCUUCUACACGACCUCCAUGUGACCGGCUGUGGUGAGUUUACUCAGAUGAUAGUGGUUUAUCCGCUAAACGAACUUAGACAGCAUCGUCUUCAUAUCCGCCUAAUGUCUCCGAAAUUUAAUUCAAAUUUGGCUUUCAAUGUCCUCUGUUGUUUUCUUUAUAUAGUGAGGUUCCUGCUCCACAGUUACAGAUUUAUAUGUAGACUUUUGCAGCUUAUCAGUUGUAACCCAGUUUCAUUUCCGCCAGUGGCGUACUCGUUUUUUUUUGAGGGCAGGGGCAUAACGAGUAAAAAAAGGCACCUGCUUGGGAUAUAUAUAUAUAUAUAUAUAUAUAUAUAUAUAUAUAUAUAUAUAUAUAUAUAUAUAUAUAUAUAUAUAUGAUUAUAUGAUUGGUAUUACCAAGGUAACAAAUGUUUUUUCAUGUAAAUACUGCGGGUCUACCGGUGUCUUCUCACUCUCCAUAACCGGGAAUAACAACAGCAGCAUGGUUAAAUCUACUUGGCACCCUCGCUGUCAACGUCGGGUGUUGAAUAAGGGACCAUCAAUAAAUUACUCGUUGAUGUUCAGAGAAAAGGCUGUUUUUUCCUUCAAUAGCUUCCAUGUCAUGUGACCAAAAGACCUCAAAUUGAUCUUAAAUAAUAGUACUUAUGUUGACCAAUAAGACACACAUUAUUUGAUCAAUUUUCAUUGUGCCCCUGAAGUUCUUUGCGUGCUCCUUACUUUUUCAACUUAGGAGAACAUGUGAAAAAAAGUCAAUGUCAACUCCUGUAUAGGGCUUUUAGUAGCAGAGCUGCCGUGUUUGUGUUUUAUUUUAUACCCUUGCCAGAAAACCAAGAAGCUGGUUGUAGAUUUCCGCAGGCGCAGACCGACCCCUCCCACAACAGUGAAUGUUCAGGGAAAGGACAUUAAGAUUGUGGACUCUUACAAGUAUCUGGGUGUCCACCUGAACAAUAAACCGGACUGGACUGACAACACAAACUCACUCUACAGGAAAGGCCAAAGUAGACUCCACUGACUGGGGAAACUGAGAUCCUUUAGGCUGCACUCCUGAGGACCCUUUAGGACUCUGUAGUGGCCUCAGAAAUCUUCUCGUGAGUGGUCUGCUGGAGCAGCAGCAUCACGACAUGGGGAACGACAGCUCUGUCCUGGGCUGCCCUCUGGACCCUGUAGAGUUGGUUGGGGACAGGAGGAUGAUGGCUAAGCUAUCGUCUCUCAUGGACAAUGUUUCCCACCCCCUGCAGGGCGCUGUAACAGCACUAGGCAGCUUCUUCAGUGACAGAGAGAUACCGCAGGUCCUUCCUUCCUGCUGCAGUUAGACUGUUUGACCAGGUUUUUACCGCAGCUAACGGACAGUGACUCAAUGUUCCCUCAAUGUGCAAUAUUAACAGGCCAGAUAUUUAAACAAUAUUAACAUCCCUACAGGUAUAAUAACUCAAAUAAUGUGUUAUAAUAACAUGUUUAAUUCUUUUUUGGUCACCGUGUGGAACCGUUUUAGUUUUUUGUUGUUGCUUUAUUCUCUUUUUUGUGUAGUCUAAAUUAACUUUUUAUAAUUAUCUGUGGAAAUAGGAACAGCUGAAUGUGUGUCAUAUUGAAUUUCCCUUUGAAAUUUAUUUGUUUUCAAUGUCUGUGUGUAUUACAGCGGUAAAUUGCACCGAUGAACCAAAAUUCACACCACCCGCCCUGGUCGUGAAGUUCGGUGACAAGGCGUCUGUGGACUGCUCUGUUUGUCCACAAUGCGCCGACUUCAUCUUUGAUUUGGAGAUUGCGGUGGGAGUGAAGACGAGAAAUGGAACCAGGCUGACAUGGAGUGUUGACAUACUGACUGAAUGGGAUCUUGAGCCCCAGUGCUAUUAUAAUGAUAAGGAUGAUAACCAGUGUUGUAGUGAUCUUCCUCUGACUGUGUACAGUAAGUAAUGAACAAAAUGAAGAACAUACUAAUGUGGUGGUUUCCAUCAUGUAGAAACUAAAUGAAUCUGUUUGUCUCCUCAGGGCCUCCAGAUAAUGUGUCCUUCAGCUUUAGGAACGACACUGGACCUGUGACAGGACCCGUGACAGCGGGUCAAAAUUACACCAUGUAUUGUCAGAUAGAAAAUGUCGCUCCCGUUGAGAAUCUUGAAGUCGUCUUCUACCGAGGAAACUCACCAUUACCUCCAUUAAGGCUCACCAAUGAGACACCAAAAACGCCCUUGACGCGGUCCUUUCCUAUGGCCUAUGUCCCCCUGAAAGGAGAUAAUGGAGUAGACUACUGGUGUAUGGCACGGCUUAACCUGGGACCUUAUGGACCACAGCCCCCUGUAGUGGUGGAGUCGCAGAAGUCUACCUCUGUUGUUUACUGUGAGUCUGAUUUUAAAUAUCUUCAUUUUAAGUUUUAAAUUGUUUUAGUUUUUUUAUUUCUGAAAGCUGCAGCAGCUGUUUGCCAAGAAAUGGGUUCACAUCACAACUACAGGUCGCUCAUAAAUAAGAACCACCCUGCGCUGUCCUUUAUCUCUGCCAAUCCUUAUAACGUGUUUCACCUGAUUGAUUACUUACAGUCUGUACAUUUAAUGUCCAAGUAUCCUUGUUCUUAUAGGUUUAUUUUCAGUUUCAAUAAGCUAUAAAACCGACUCAGCCCCAAAUAGAGAAAAAAUUUAAAUUACUAACUAGCUACGCCAGCUAAUGCACAGCUAGCGUAGUCGUCUAUGACCCUCUGAGAGUUCAUGACACAACAAUGAGUCAAAAAUUUGUGCUUUUCUGUAGAAACCUGCAAUCACAUGCAGUCUGCAUGAUUUAAAGGAUAACAGUAUGUCGGUGAUGUUUUUGCAGCUUGUCUCUGCUGAACACUGAAGGCCAGAAAUCUCUGUUUUUGCAGGUUUCAAUGCACUGUGUGCAUACUGUACAAUAAGUCAAAACUCAAAGUAUUUCUGAUAACACUUCUUAAACAUUACUGUAAGCUGUUAUAUAACACUUACUAUCCCAUUAUAAUCAUUGGGGUCGUCAUAAAUCCAGAUGAAUUUAUGAGACUUUAUAGGUGUGGUAAGAAUGCAUUAUAAGAGAAAGGUUCAUGUAAAGUGUUACCGAGUUGUUUUCCACAUAGUUACGUGCAAUCACACUUGUCUUUGGGUCAUCUGGUGGACGCCGAGGCUUCUUUAAUAAAGUCGAUGUAUAUAUUGAAUGAAUUUUGGUUAAAAUGCAAAAUAAUUUGCUUUAAAUUAAAGCAGCAGAAACUGAAACAAACUGGAUUUUGAGACAGUGGUGUGCAGGUACUCUCCAACGCUGCUCCUAUAAAUAGAUAAACUUCAUAUUUUCCUUUUUAAAUUUUGCUCUGACAAGUUAUUUCUCUAUCAACACUCAGAUAAACCUGAGCUACAGGUUAGGAGAGAUUUAGGGGAGAUCAUCCUCACUGAAGGAGACAAGCUGCAGCUGAACUGCACGUCUGUGGGGAACCCCAGCCCCUCGUACAACUGGACUCUUCCCUCUGGUCGCCUUUCCCCAUCCACGGGUAGCGUCUUCAUGAUUGAAUCUGUCGCCGCCGAACACAGUGGGAAAUACAUCUGCCAUGUCAGCAACAACAUCUGGUCUUUCCCUGUUGAAUAUUCAGUGGAAGUUCAACGUAAGUUUUCCAUAUUGCCAUGUCCACUUUGCAGAGACGUGAAUGUACAGUAUGUCUUUGAUUGCCUCAUGCUGUACACUGAGUCAUAUUCACAUGUCAGCUGUUUUUUCCCUGAUUUCAUCCCUGUGGGACAAUCAAAUGUUAGCACUCUUAUUUUAUGUUCCAAGACGUUAAAUUUGUGUGUUUUUGCUUUUAUUUCUAUUCUCCAAAGGCGACUUCACUGCAUACAUCAUCGCUGCCAUAGUAAUAGCUGUUGUUCUCCUCAUCAUUGUUGGGAUAUUCCUAUACCGCCGUUACUACGCCAUCAACAGAACGGGAAAGUACAACCUGAGGGAUGUUUUCCGCCUCCGCCCACGCCACUCCCCAGUGUCCACAGCAGAGUGAACCCUUGGCUGUAUACAAGUACGGAUGAAGUGUCUCCGCCUGCUGCACUUGCACAAUGAAGCUAAAGUCCCCGUUGCGGCGGACACUGGGACCUCGCACCGCACCCACACUAAACUAAAACACAAGGCGAGUUCCCUCUGGCUGGCACGGUCCACAGCAGGACAAACGAAGCGGACACUCACCGGUAUGAGAAGCUUUAUAAAUCUUGUGUUAGCGUUUGUAACGAUUCCUCUCGCCAUUCCUCCUCUCUUGCUUAAGAUCUAGCUUUACUAACAGAAACCAUGUUUGUAGAAAAAGUAUGACUGUUUUAUUUCCUUGUUUGGACUGCUUGGUAACAUGAAGGUUUAUCACCUAUACUGCAGCCAGUCAGUAGGGGGAGCUUCGAUUGAUACUGCUCCACUUUUUGGGUGCUGCUGCGAUGUCCUUUUGUUUGUUCAGACCACAAACAACCGGGAAGAGCUGCUUUGUGGCCAGCUACUGUGAAUAAUCAGAGACAAUAGGCUUCCCUGUGGCUCAAACCAACCAUCAACAAUUUCCCUUUUUCGAGCCAGUUUAGGGAUCACUUCCUCUCCCUUCUACUGGGGUCAUUCCUCCUCUGAUACGAAGUAUAGCUGUAUAAAAUGACUAAAAGAGUUCCGUCCAGCUUCACUAGCCUUAGCUUCGAAGGGGAAAUGUCACUUGGUCUUUAGUAUUUACUCAAGUUUUUUUAAAGAGUGAUGUGUACACUGUAAAUUGUGGCUUUAAAAUGUAAGUGUUUCUGUAUCUGCUGAGCUUAUUAAUCAGAUUGCACUGUUCUUUAUUUUUAUAUGCCAGCCAGUCUUUAAAUCUGAUGUGCUCAGCAAGUUACUUACCUGAAGAUUCUACAGGAUCCUGAACGGCUCCGCUCUGCUCUAGACCGGCAGGCGCAUCAAAUACGCAAGCAUACAGCACCCACCGGAUCUGAUCCGCCUCCGCCAUCAGAGGAGAAGCGCUUACGAGCUUACCUUUAUUUUUCGUGAGACUGGACGAGACCUCACGAGAUCUUGCGUUCAAUGUCUUGUGAGACACAGAAUGAGAUCCGCCGAUCGGUGUAUAUAAAUGGCGAAGUAUAUAAACACCCACAUCCCACAACCCUGGCCUCCCCUAUUAUCAAGUUAAGAACAGUUCAACGUUUUGACUUUAAUUUAUUUUGAAAAUUAACCAGAUAUUUUUCCCUAUAGCCACAUACAACUUCUGCUGCCGUUCAUGCUGCGCUGCACUGAAUUGAUUCGCCGUGCUGCAGUGUCCGGCAAAAAUAGAAGCCUUGCGUAUCUGAUCCGACCACCGGAACCAGCGGAAAUGGACAGCGGACGGAUUGUGUGGAAUGACACACAUUGAUCAUAAUGCUUGCGUAUUUGAUCCGCCUGCAGUGCCGGAGCGGAGCCGUUCCAGAUCCUGUGGGUUUUAGCCGUUACUAUUAAAGUCAGUUCUCAAGAUUUUAAUUUGCUCUAUCCUCAAAACAGCACGGCUUUACUUUUUCUCAAAAUGAUACUCAAAUAAAGGUUAAAAAAAGACCUUGAAGAAAAACGGAAUAGACAAACUAGUUGCAUCUGCGUUUUUGUACUCAGUGUGAUGCCUUUGCAGCAUGAAGGAUCAGACUGAUCGUGUGUCCUCUUGUCUUUCAAGGCCACCGUUUCAUCACCAAUGUAAGGGGUGAGCAAGGGAGCAUUUCUGUCCAGACACUGACUGUUAGAUGUCAACCAUUUCUACACACUGUACCUGACUUGCUUAGAGUUGCACCACAUCAUGAUGAGCUGUAUACAUUUUAUAAUAAAUCAAUUAGUGACGGGCCCAACUGUUUGAUUCCUGUGUUGCAAUAUUUAACUUAACUAACAACACGUGUUAGUUGAACUCUAGAGGAAACAUGUCGCAGGUGUAAUGAAAGAACUUCGUUUGCUAGUAACAGGUGAUUAUUUCUGGCAUGAAGGGAAACUUUGUGGCCAGCUUGUCAGUCGGUCACUGUGAUAUUAAUAUUUCAAAUGGUUUGUAAAAAAAUGAACAAAUACACAUAUGCGUUCAAAGACCAGGCAGAUAAUAUUUUACAUAAUAACGCAUUCAUUCUAAUACAAUGAAUAGUUUCAUAAUGGUGAAUUUUGCAGGUCAAUGCUUCAGUGUGAAAGUAGUUUCUGGUGUCAGGAUCCACUUAGACCUGUUUUUUUCUGACUCUCAUUGCAUUUCAAUUAUUAAGAAGACAACUCAAAACAACUUUGUUUGACACUUGCCUUAAAAAAAGGGAUGUAAUUUAUUCCAAGUAUAAAUAUUAUCCAGACAGUCUGCUCUUAUUUUGUAUUUUGUCACACCUGUUUUUUUUUUACUAUGUGGAAAUAAAUACUGUAAACUUCUUCUGACCUCAUAAAUUCAGCUGCAGUUAAUUCCUCUGUAUGUGCACGUGUGUGUUUUUUUAAGUUUUUUUUAACUGAAAUAUUUGAGCACAAAGUAUUAACAAUGAAGUGUUUUCUCUUUUAUAAAAUCAAAUAAAUCAGAACACAUUAUAUAGAUAUUUU